UCGCGCCUCAUGCGCAUUGCCGCUCAUAAAUGUCUCCCCAUGACCCGGUUGGCUCUGUGGUGGUAUCAGUCAAGAUUAGGCUCCUCUCCUGGUUCACCGUCGAUCGGUGUCGUUGACUUGCUUAACGCUCCGAUCGUGGACUGGCGGCACCGGCGGCCUCAUGUAAUAAUGUCGCACCAGGCGCCCCGAAUAUGUCAAAGACGCCAAGUGAGAUUCGCCUCAGCGUGCUUCGACAGGUCGAGCCGCUGCACGGCUCAUGCUCCUCCCCCCAGUUCUCAUCUGUAUUCUGCAUUUAAUAUCUCAUUCUACAACCGUAGAGCAGCUUCGUUCCCUCAGUUGACUUCAUCGCCUAUGUCAUCGAUGCCCCUUGCCACUCGCGUGAUGGUGCUUCGCUCUGCUGAAGAGAAGUCCCCAAGACUUUCAGUAGAACUAACCGACAUGAUUAUCGACGAACUUCGUGACGACAUGUCGACCCUUCGAAACACCUGCAUCGUACAUAAGGUGACCGAUGUCCGUCAUCCGUGCGCGUUCUUCGAGCUCCUGUCCCGCUCUGAACAUCUUGGAUUGUAUGUGCGAGAGCUGCGCAUCAUUCUGCCAGAGCUGGACACACUGGGGCAGAGGGAGAUCGUCCAGAGCAUACCCUUACGAUGCAAAUGCGUACAGAAGCUCGAACUGCGUGGUGCUUGGAUAUCCUUCACGGAGAAGGAUUUCAGACAACUUGACGCGGUGAAAGAACUUACAUUGGUCAUAGAGCAUAGCAACAUUGAUGUCCUUCAAUCCGCUCUGCGGGCAUAUCAGGGACUCGAGAGCUUGACCGUUAACGCCCUUGAGGGCUCCAUAGAGGAUCGCAUCAUCUUUGAUUCUCCUGACCUGACUUUGAUUAGUUCUUCCUCGCACGGCCUUACCGGUAUUCUCUCAUCGUUGGCUUACCACCCGCUACCAUCAUUGGAGUCGCUUGCAGCUGCCAUCUCCACGGAGUGUGAUCUCGAGGCCCUAUGUGCAUUCCUGCGCAUACAUGGAAAGGAUAUUUCAUCUUUAGAUUUACGCUUUCCGAGGUGCAUCUUCAGCGUUCAUCGUAGUGCAUCAUCUCUUGCAGAUGUCAUAGCAAAAGGUUGUCUCAACUUUCAUCGGGUUAGCAUCUCGUCGCCAGUGCACUUAUGGUUCAAGGAAUUGGUUCCUGUCCUUGGACGCACUGCCGUGCAAGAAUUCGUGUUCGACUUCGAUGGUGCAGGAUUCUGGAUUUCGCCUACAGAUAAGAUCUUCGGGUCGGAGGCACCGUUCUCUGCAGCGACCAGUGUCACCAUGAACCUCUACGUUAGGCCCGCGGAUACGAUGUUCAUUGGGUUCUACCUACCUGAAUUCCGGCGAGAAUGGUCGAGGCUGCAUUCUUCGCAAGUGUUGUUCAUCAACGUUUUCCCUGAAGACGAGACCGAACGCGG